CUUUAUUCGCCUUACCUUACCUACGUAUAUGAGCUUUCGCUACGGGAUCUCCAGCUACUCACCACGGCCCGCAUCAUGGCGUCUCUCGUCGCCAGCAGUGGCGAUGGCCUCGCUAGUCGGCUGGGAUUGAGCCCAUGGCUGCUCUACUCCAUCGCUGGCUUCACCUGCUACGCCAUCCUCUGCUCCUCCCUUCGUUUCCAGAGACUCAAAACGAUGCGCAAGCGCCUCAAUUUCCCCGAUCGAGAGUCACUUUCUCGCAUGUCCAACGAGGAUGCGCAGAAGAUUGUCAGCUACAUCAGCCUUUACGAGUUUCCGCUUCUUUAUGACUUUUCGCUUAGAUAUGCUAUUUUCAAGACCUACGCUAUAGACAAUAUCGGCAAUCUUCUGUACAAAGUCAGCGAUCUUGCCAAGCCCAGUGAGGCUUCGAAACGAUAUGACGAUACUCAAGUCUUGUUUGCUAGCUAUGCGGAGUUCCCCCCCGGAUCCGAAUACUUGGCCAAGAGCGUCGCCCGCACAAACUUUUUGCACAAUCCAUACAGACAAUCCGGCAAGAUUCGCAACGAAGACAUGUUGUAUGUCCUCUUCGAAUCCAUGUAUCAGCCGAUCCGCUUUAUGCGUCUCUACGAAUGGAGAGAGAUGGCAGAUAUGGAGGUGGCAGCCGUUGCCAUGUUCUGGAAAUACAUUGGCGAGAUGAUGGAGAUUGAUUAUGAAGCCGAGCUGGGCAAGAACCAGUGGAAAGAUGGCAUUGAGUUCUUGGAAGACGUGGAACAGUGGGCUAUCGAGUAUGAGAACAAGCAUCUCGGCCCCUCGCCAGACAUUGCCAAGCUCGGCCAGGUCUUGGUUGAUUUGCUCUUGUCGGCGUAUCCUGCAUUUUCGCGAGAGCCUGGAUACAAGAUCCUCAUGGUCCUCAUGGGCGAGCGAAUGCGGCAUGCUUUCAGUUUUCCCGAGCCUGGAGUACCAGAAUCUGCCCUCACAUAUCCUCUACUUCUCGCCCGAAAGCUCUUUAUACGCUAUCUCUGUCUGCCUCGCAUCUAUCCGGCCAAAUUCAUCGGCAAACCGGAUCCAGUGACGGGACGCAUCCAGCAUUAUCAUUAUCUAAAGGAUCCUUGGUACGCUCCGCCCACCUUCUGGUCUCGCUGGGGCCCUGAAGGCUUGAUGCGACGAGCAUUUGGGCUCAAGGUAGCUGGAGAUGGCGGCGAAGCAAUGAUGCCGGAUGGAUUCCUGUUUGAGGACGUUGGGCCUCGAGACAAGAUGGGCAAGGGAAUUGAUGAAACUGCGCGCCUGGCAAGAGUGGCGCAGACAAAGGUGUCUGCUUCGGCUUGUCCUUUUGCACUGCCCAGGAAGAGUUGAGACUUAAGAAUACUACCUAUACCUAUCCUAUACUAUACAUACCUAGCUAGCAGGGAAAUAGAGGCUGUACAG